AUGUCACUGGCAACGGUUCAACGAGACACUCAGAGACAACUUGCAAGCUCAACGGCGAAGCACAGACAUGCGCAGACCGACCCGAUGCUCCCGUGCUCUGGAACUAUCGGACUUGCAGGCUACGGAGUCACAACCUUCGAUGGGGUGUACAGUGCAUUGCGGGACUUUCUCCGUGCAGAUGCCAGCCAGAGUGAGAUAAAGACCUUCGAACGCCUGAGCUUUGCAAUGCAUGCGGACUAUGACAGGGUGGCAAGCUGGUGCCCUGCAGUCACACCUGUGGCGCUGGUUGCGGCUGCUUUUUCCAUUAUUCUGAGGAUGUUCCCUGUGGCUUCAGCUGACACGCCACAAGGGCUCCUGCAACCAUGGAUGGGGGAGGCAAGAUCAUCAAUGAACAUGGCCUUGGACGUUUUCAACGAUCACGCCAGUGACGUUCCCGGGUCCUCAGCAAUGGUCAGAAACUUGUUGCAGACUGCGCGCUCAAGGUUCGAUGAUAUUUCGAUUGUGCUGAGGGAUGCCGGCCUGGAGCCAUGGUUUGGUGGAAGCUGGAAAGGCCCAACACGGGCCUGGGUACGCAGUCCUGGCUUGCUUCGGUAUUUCAAAUGCUUCAAUCCGCGGCAAUAUCUUUAUCUCCCUGUCCCCAGCAGUGAUCCACGAAAUCCUCAGAGCUUUUCCUAUGACGUGCAUCUUUGGCCUGCACGCCGAGAGAUGCGAGGGAGGUCUGAUCAAGUGGUCGAAAGAGCGUGGCGAGAUGUGAGGAAAGCAGUCGGACAGAUUCUUGGACCUGGAGCUAUUUAUUUUCCAGUUGCCGGUACUCUCAUUGGCCUCAUGCGGCACGGAAGAACAGUGGGUUGGUUGACGGAGGGGAAGAUAGACGUGGUUGACAGAGACGUGGAUUUGUACCUGGUGCUGCCAUCGGCAAAGGCAUAUCUUGCGUUUUGUUUUGCGAUGACGCAGAGUUUGAGGCGUGCAGGAUGGCUCGGCUGUAGCCUGAAAUGGCGACAAGAUUGGAGCCAAACAACUUUGCCGCAGGUUGACGAAUUCUUUGACUUCAGGAGAUCCUUCACGCUUCAGUGCCAUCUGCUGGGAGACCAGGGAGAUUCACUUUUGGAAAUCAAGUGGCUAAUGCCUGUCAUCUCUGUGCCAAGCCCAUGCCCGCGGAAUCUCACAGAUGCGCUUCUCCCCAGUUUCUUAGAGAACCCGCACUUUGACGCCGUUUCCUGCUGUGGUGGAGUACAGCUCAUGCCGGAAAACAUGAACGUCAGCUCGGUGCCGGGAAACGUUGCGAUUACCACCGGCCCCAUCUAUUGCCCAGGACAAACUGAGUGGCCCAGUGGCCGGUCGAAGUCUACGGAGAACUUGCGUUUGACGCAGGGCCUCACGGAUGCAGAUGUGCAAGUGUUGGUCUCACGCAUGCUUGAGAUGAGUUGGGGUAGGAGCCGACGGCCGACAGUUGCAAAGACAUCAGCUUUCAAUGCCAAAGGUUGGCCGAAGGUAAAGAAAGACCUAACACCUCAGUUCGUGAACUGUGACCUUGCGGACAACAAGUAUUCUGGCAUAAUCCGAGAGGAUCACCUGGGCUCUCAGUUUCUCGAAGGGCUCUCCUCCACAUACAUCUGGUCAACCGGCACCAAGUACGAAGGGCCUUUCAUUGCGAGCCAGAUUGAGGGCCGUGGCAAAUUUACCUGGCCCGAUGGAUCCAAGUACGAGGGAGAACUAUUAGGUGGAAGACGGAAUGGCGAUGGCGCCUACGAAGCCCUAGACGGCAAGACUCGCUACGAUGGCCAGUGGCUGGAUGGCAAGCGGCACGGGCAGGGCAAGCUCACCUACAAUUCCGACACCACCUCGUACUACGACGGUGGCUGGCAGGCUGGCCAGAAACAUGGCUAUGGGAAGCAGUUGUGGCCAAGCGGAAACUGCUACGAAGGAGAAUGGAAGCUGGGGAAAAUGAGUGGACAUGGAACCAUGAUCUGGAGAAACGGAACGAGUGCUGAAGUCUACACUGGUGAGUGGGUGGACAACUGCCCGCAUGGUGAAGGCACGCACACCUGGCUCACCAUGGACCCGAGCACCGAUGCUGCGACCACGGAGAGCUGGCUGAAUCGCCCGGCAUCACCGCCUUCGGCGCAGGUCACGGGCUCGCCUGGCUUCAACUCACAGCAGGAGCUGCGCCGACAUGAAGCUCAAAUUCACGCCACGCAACAGCUCAACAAUCGCUACACUGGCCAGUGGGUGUGGGGCCGACGGGAGGGUACCGGAACCUUCUACUAUGCAAAUGGCGCCUACUACCAUGGCGAAUGGAAGGGCAACGUCAAGGAGGGUCAUGGUCGCCACACCUUCGACGAUGGGAAAGUGUACGAUGGGAAGUUUGAGGCAGACCGCAUGGUGGAUUACAGCCGCCCAGAGCCUUCCGCGAAGAGUUUGGACGACAAUCCUAUUUGUGGUUGCACAGAUAUCACCGACAUGGAAGUUAUCUUGAGGCCAUCAGACAAAGCCGGCUUCACACAGACACCUGGGUCUGGUUACAGCGACCCAGUCAAGAUCUUGAAGGGCAUCUACAACGUCCUCUUGAGGAAUCUGGGAGAUCUGCGCGAGGGGUAUUCGCGCUCCCGAUCGGUACAGCCUCAGCUCGGCGAG